UGCACGGGGAUGGGGGGGUGAGGAGAGCUGGGGGCGAUUGCACAGGGCUUGGGGCAAUUGCACAAGGUGUUUGUCCCCAGACGGGGCAUUUGCACAAGGUAUAGGGCAGUUGCACGAGGCCCGGGGCAGUUACACCAGCACGGGGCAGUUACACGAGGCCCAGAAAAGGCGCGCGGGGCCGAGCGCCCCCGAGUGGAGCCGAACAGGCCCGAGUGGGACCGAGCGGGGCCGACCAGGGCGGAACGGAGCCGAGCGGGGCCGAGCAGGCCCGAGUGGGACCGAGCGGGGCCGAGCAGGGCCGAACGGAGCCGAGCGCGCCCGAGUGGAGCCGAACGGAGCCGAACAGGCCCAAACGGAGCCGAGCAGGGCCGAGCGCCCCCGAGCGCCUCCGAAAGUCCCCGAGCGCUGCCACGUGACCUCAGCCCACGUGACCUGGCGAACACGUGGCGCGCGCAGCGAGAGGCUCGCCCCCCUCCUUGAGCACGCGCAUGCGCGCGGCCCUCCACCCCCCCAUCCGGGCGGGGCGGGCGCAGGGCCCUCCUCAUGUGACGCGCGCCAAGAUGGCGGCGUCCGCGGAGGCGGCCGGCGCCAAGCGGAAGCGGAAGUGGGUGCGUGGAGGCGUCGGGGUGCGCGGCCGGUCCCCCCCCGCUGAGGGGCAGCCGCCCCCGGGAUGCCCGCGGGGCCGGGCGCGCCAUGCUGCUCGCCGCCUACGCCGCCCUCGCCCUGCUGCUGGCAGCGGCGCUGGGGCUGGAGCUGGCCGCCCGCCGCUCGCGGCCCCCUGCCGCCGCCCCCCCCGGCGCCAACCCGGCCUUCGCCCGCUUCCAGCGGGGCUUCCUGCGUGGCUACCUGCCCGCACUGGCCGCCGACUGGCUGCAGGGGCCGUACCUGUACAAGCUGUACCAGCACUACGGCUUCGUGGAGGCGCAGAUCGCCGCGCUCUACGUCUGCGGCUUCGCCUCCAGCGUCCUCUUCGGGCCCGUGGCCGCCUCGCUGGUGGACGCGCUGGGCCGCCGGGCGUCGUGCGUGCUCUUCUCGCUGACCUACUCGGCCUGCUGCCUCACCAAGCUGUCCCGUGACUACCUGGUGCUGGCGGCGGGGAGGGUGCUGGGCGGGCUGUCCACGGCGCUGCUCUUCUGCGCCUUCGAGGCCUGGUACGUCCACGAGCAUGUGGAGCACGACUUCCCGGCAGAGUGGGUGCCCGCCACCUUCUCGCGGGCGGCCUUCUGGAACCACGUGGUGGCCGUGGGGGCCGGGGUGGUGGCCAACGCCGCCGCCGAGUGGCUGGGGCUGGGCCCGGUGGCGCCCUUCGUGGCGUCCAUCCCGCUGCUGGUGCUGGCGGGCGCCGUGGCCUUGAAGGACUGGGAUGAGAACUAUGGCAAGAAGCGGGCGCUCGCCAAGACCUGCGCGGACGGCCUGCGGCGCCUGCUGGCGGACCGGCGCGUGCUGCUGCUGGGCACCGUCCAGGCGCUCUUCGAGAGCGUCAUCUACAUCUUCGUCUUCCUCUGGACGCCCGUGCUGGACCCCCACGGGCCGCCGCUGGGCAUCGUCUUCUCCAGCUUCAUGGCGGCCAGCAUGGUGGGCGCCUCGCUGUAUCGCCUGGCCGUCUCCCCGAGGUACCGCCUGCAGCCCGUCCACGUGCUCUCGCUCUCCGUCCUCGUGGGCUUCUUCUCCCUCUUCAUGCUCACCUUCUCCACCAACCCCGGCCAGGAGAGCCCGGCCGAGUCCUUCGUGGCCUUCCUGCUCCUCGAGCUCUCCUGCGGGCUCUACUUCCCCGCCAUGGGCUUCCUGCGGCGCAAGGCGAUCCCGGAGAAGGACCGGCCGGGGGUGACGAACUGGUGCCGAGUCCCGCUCAACCUGCUGGCCUGCCUGGGGCUGCUGCUGCUGCACGGCGCCGACCGCGGGUCCGGCACCCGCAGCAUCUUCUCCGCCUGCUGCGGCCUCAUGCUGCUGGCGCUGCUCGCCGUCGUCGGCCUCUUCUCUGUUGUCCGCCACGAUGCUGAGCUCCGGCUGCCGGCCCCGCAGGGCCAGCCUGACGCCCCCGAGCUGUGACGCAGGAGGGGGCCCCGGGGGUGCCGCUGGGGCCCCGGCGCGUGGUGUGGUGGCCCAGGGGGGAAGCCCGCCCGGCUGGUGACCCCCACGGCACCCCCCACCCUCGCGUCCUGCCGGGGACGGCGCUGGAAGCACACGGGGACGGAGCGCCGCAGGGUGAGUGCCCCCUGUGCAGCCCCGCACCCCUCAUCUUCCCUUUUUCUAAAGAAAAUAAAGCGUUUCCACAAGUG